AUGUCGCAAUCCCAGUCUCAGACGAUCGGGCUUGACACCCUCGCCGAGGGCUCGCAAUAUGUGCUAGAGCAGCUGCAGUUAUCGCGAGAGGGCGGCAACUCUGAGAACAACUCUACUUUCAAGCCAUCCUCCGUCCGCGACUCUUUAGCUGAAGCCCGUUCCAUGAUCCGCAAGAACUCUUCGUCAGCGCCUGUCCGCCGGAGAAUCAGUCGGGCUUGUGACCAAUGUAACCAACUCCGGACAAAGUGCGACGGGCAGAAUCCGUGCGCGCAUUGUAUAGAAUUCGGUUUAACAUGCGAAUACGCUCGGGAGCGGAAGAAACGGGGCAAGGCUUCAAAAAAAGAUAUUGCUGCUGCUGCUGCCGCUGCAGGACAUCAGGGAGGCAUGGGUAACCGAUCACCUACAGAUAGACGCCUGUCGCAGGAGCCAGGCGGCCGGUACGAUUCCGUUCUUGAGGCAUCGCGCGUUCAAUCACAUCUACCUGCGAACGGUUUGUCUAGUAUUCACAACACUCAAGCGGCGCACUCGCAGCCGCCGCUGGGGUCGGCCCUUGAUGCUCUACAUUUGAACCAUUUUACUCAGCUGAACGAGUCGGGCCGCUCCCAGAUGCCCGUGUCAGACCUUCGAUCACUCCAAAUCCUCCACAACAACCCUCGCUCUCCAUCCGCUCUUCCGCACGGCCUAAACGCCUAUAAUGAUAACACAUUCUCGUUGCUGAACUCGCAAGAGCCGAAUACGACUUCACUCAAUCACUUCCGACUCGGAAACUCCACGGAUAACCCGUCGGCUCAGUUUUUAGGCCUCUCACCUCCCGCUCAAUCCCCAGGAUGGCUUCCGCUGCCAUCACCGUCGCCCGCAAACUUCCCUUCAUUUCCCAUGGCUCCGUUCUCUGGAACCAGUCUACGUUACCCCGUCCUUCAGCCGGUUCUUCCACAUAUCGCCUCAAUAAUUCCUCAGUCUCUCGCUUGCGACCUUCUUGACCUUUAUUUUACGAGCUCCUCCUCUUCACACCUAUCACCCCAGUCUCCGUACGUUGUUGGUUAUAUCUUUCGCAAACAGUCGUUCCUCCACCCAACAAAGCCGCGCGUGUGCUCGCCUGGGCUAUUAGCGAGUAUGCUCUGGGUAGGCGCACAAACAAGCGAUGCGCCGUUCCUGACGUCUCCGCCCUCAGCGCGCGGUCGGGUAUGUCAGAAGCUACUAGAAUUGACGAUAGGGCUGCUGCGCCCGCUCAUUCACGGACCGGCGCUCGGAGAAGCCUCGCCAAAUUAUGCCGCAAAUAUGGUAAUAAACGGCGUCGCGCUCGGUGGUUUUGGUGUCUCGAUGGACCAACUAGGAGCCCAAAGUACUGCGACAGGAGCUGUGGAUGAUGUCGCCACGUACGUCCAUCUCGCUACGGUAGUAUCUGCCAGUGAAUACAAAGCCGCAAGUAUGCGCUGGUGGACGGCCGCCUGGUCUCUCGCCCGAGAGCUGAAACUUGGCCGCGAGCUGCCCCCCAACGCAUCGCAACCGGGUCAGGACGGCGAGCGAGAAAACGAGGGCGACAAUCCAUCAAAGCGAAACCAGUCAUUGCACGGCGGAAACUCUAAUGUCAACGUCACAGAAGAAGAACGAGAGGAGCGCCGGCGUCUGUGGUGGCUACUGUACGCUACCGAUCGCCAUCUGGCUUUAUGCUAUAAUAGGCCGCUUACUCUGUUGGAUAAAGAGUGUUCGCAGCUACUGCAGCCCAUGAAUGAUGAUUUAUGGCAGGCAGGAGAUUUUCCAGCUGCGACCUACCGCGCUGUCGGCCCGCCCAUUGAAUGCACAGGCCACAGCAUGUUCGGCUACUUCCUGCCAUUGAUGACGAUACUUGGGGGAAUUAUCGAUCUCCAACAAGCGCGAGAACAUCCACGGUACGGACUUACCUUCCGCAGCGGCCCCGAUCUAGAUCAGUACAUCAUGGCCAUAACCCAGCAACUUGACGCCUACGGGCAGAGCCUAAAAGACUUCGAAGCACGAUAUAUAAAUAGCCUCGCCCUAGCAGAGAAUGAACCGCCCGAGAACCCGCACAUUGAUCACCUCAGCCCAUCCGGCCGGUCCAGCAGUACGGUUGGCUCGCGCGUCAACGAGUCAAUCGUCCAUACUAAGAUGGUAGUCGCCUACGGCACCCACAUCAUGCACGUCUUGUAUGUUCUCCUAGCGGGUAAAUGGGACCCCAUCAACCUCCUUGAGGACCAUGAUAUGUGGAUCUCUUCCGAGUCAUUCCUCGCGGCCAUGAGCCACGCUGUCGGCGCCGCAGAGGCAGCAGCCGAUAUUCUCGAGUACGAUCCGGAUUUGAGCUUCAUGCCGUUCUUUUUCGGCAUUUACCUGCUCCAGGGAAGUUUUCUACUCUUGCUUGCUGCAGAUAAGCUACAGGGGGAUGCGAAUCCGAGCGUCGUCCGCGCUUGUGAGACUAUCGUGCGCGCACAUGAGGCUUGUGUCGUUACGCUGAAUACAGAGUAUCAGCGAACAUUCCGCAAAGUGAUGCGCUCCGCUCUUGCCCAGGUUCGGGGACGCGUUCCAGAUGAUUUUGGUGAGCAGCAGCAGCGCCGGCGGGAAGUGCUGUCUCUUUACCGCUGGACCGGUGAUGGGACGGGGCUCGCGCUCUCUUGAGCCUCAUACUCCCAGCUAUACAGCUAUUACGAUUACACGACAUAUAAACUGAAAGUGGAUGAAGGACGGUUAACUUGUCUCCUGUUGUAUAUUUCCUGCGGGUGAUACCUCUGCUGGUCUUAGGAGGGAGUGCCGAGCCGUACAUAGUUGAUACCUCUUUGCUCGUGCAUUCAUUAUGUUGUUCAUCACUGUAUACUAUAGUUACUCUCAUACCCCAUUUGUUAGCUGGCCAAUUCAACUUGCA